CCACGCAAGAAAAACAAACAAAAAAACAAGCAGCGCCUCUUUUUCUUUUUCUUCUAUUUUUUUUUAUUUUUUUGCAUCGUUUCUCAAUGUGCUUCAUGCCGGAGAGAUCAGUUCAAGUGAUUGAGCUGACGUGAGGAAAAUAAGGGAGGUAAAAAAAACAAAGUGGUAUCUGCAACAACAACAACAACAACAACAUAAAAACAACAAGAAGACGUCUAACAGGACUUGGAGGAGCUCCAACUACGAGACCAAAGUCGAGGUACACUGUCAUGGCUGUCAUGGGCCGGAUCACGAUGAAAUCUCUCGCCAAAUUUGGGUUUUGCCUGACGAUCCUCCUGACUUCUGUGGCCGCGGCGCAGGGUGAGGAGAGGGAGUGUGCCUUCACAGACCAGCACCAGCAGUGGGAGGUGGAUCGAGUGGCGGGGGGCGAAGGCCGGGUCUCCCCAGAGAACACCACCAUCCGAUGUGCCAAGGGCAGCCACUGUUUUGGACUGUGGGAGAAAAGUCCUCCAGGCGAAGUGCGACUUGUCAAACAAGGUUGCUGGACACAUCUGGGCGACCACCAGGCUUGCCGUGACGACCGCUGUGUCGUGACCAACCUCCCCCCACAGAUGCAGAAUGGGACGUACCACUUCUGCUGCUGCGGCAGCGACAUGUGCAAUGUCAACUUCACAGAGGACUUCCCACCGCCCAGCCCCACCACUGCGCAACCCAUCUACUCUCGCACACUGGGCUACGAAGAGACAGUAAUUAUCACCCUGGCAACAGUCUCCGUGCUGGCCGUGCUUGCUGUAGCAGCCUUCUUCGGUUACCGCAUGAUGCACGGAGAUGGGAAGCAAGGGCUUCACAACCUGAAUAUGAUGGAGGCUGCUGGCUCUGAGAGCUCUCUGGACCUAGACAAUCUCAAACUGCUGGAGCUGAUUGGGCGUGGCAGAUACGGCACCGUCUACUGUGGCUCUCUGGACGAGCGACCCGUGGCUGUGAAAGUGUUCACUGCAGCCAACCGGCAGAACUUCCUAAAUGAAUGCUCCAUCUACCGGCUACCGCUGUUGGAGCAUGACAACAUCGCUCGGUUUGUGGCUGCAGACGAGCGGACAGGCCCAGAGGGACGCACUGAAUACCUGCUCGUCAUGGACUACUACCCACAUGGCUCUCUGAGUCGCUACCUGAGCGUCCAGACCAACGAUUGGGUCAGCAGCUGCCGGCUCGCUCACUCCGUCACUCGCGGCCUGGCGUACCUGCACACCGAGCUCUUCAAAGGAGAGGGACUGUGAGUCGGCGCUGAAGCAGGUGGAUAUGUACGCCCUGGGCCUGAUCUACUGGGAGACCUUCAUGAGAUGUACCGACCUUUUCCCUGGAGAAUCUGUGCCAGAGUACCAGAUGGCCUUCCAAGCGGAGGCAGGGAACCACCCGACGUUUGAGGACAUGCAGGUCCUGGUGUCCAGGGAGAAGCAACGGCCCAAAUUCCCCGAGGCCUGGAAAGAGAACAGUUUGGCGGUUCGCUCUUUGAAAGAGACAAUGGAGGACUGCUGGGACCAGGAUGCAGAGGCCCGCCUCACGGCACAAUGUGCAGAGGAACGACUGGCAGAGCUGCUCCUCAUAUGGGACCGCUCCAAGUCUGUCAGCCCUACACUCAACCCCAUGUCCACCACCCUGCACAAUGAGAGAAAUCGCAUGACACCGAAGUCUGGCCCGUACACAGACCACCCCUCCACCUACAUCGAAGAGCACGAGGGUGUGCCCAAGAACACGCAGCAGGACACCACUAGCUCUGUAAGCGGUCGAGCCGUAGCUGGGACCGGAGAGAGAAACAGGAAUUCAAUCAACCAGGAGCGGCAGCAGCAAGCCAACGCCCGUCUGCCCAGCCCAGAGGGCAGCAGCACCAGCAUGGGCCUGAGAGGCAGCCCCUCAGCCUCCACUACAACCACCACUAUUAUCUCUGAGUCUGAGGGACCUGUAGUGGUCGCCACAGUCCCCGUCUGCCUCCACCUGACCCAGGAAGACCUGGAAACCACCAAGCUUGACCCGAAAGAAGUGGACAAGAACCUGAAGGAGAGCUCGGACGAGAACCUGAUGGAGCACUCACAGAAGCAGUUCUGCUCACCAGAUCCACUGAGCCCCGGCAGCUCCAGCCUCCUUUACCCGCUCAUCAAGAUGGCCACUGAGGCAUCGGGCACUUCAGACCCCCCUGGGCCCAUGCCCACCACCAUCUUCCCCCUGCCCAAGCAGCAGAACCUGCCCAAGAGGCCGUCCAGUCUGCCCCUGCGCACCAAACCCACCAAGAAGGAGUCGUCAUCGUCUUCGCUCAGGUUCAAGUUCGGUCGCUCGGGGAAGUCCAACCUGCGGCAGGUGGAGGGAACAAAGAUGAACAUUGGUGCAGUAACGAGCACGAACACAGCCGUAGAGGCUCAUCGGGGCACAGGCACGAACAACACACCUGUCCUACGAGACACGCAUGUCAACGGCAGCGUUAACGGCGCCGUUAACGGUCACGCCAGCACUGCGAUCUCGUCCAUGGCUACGGGUGGAGCGACAGGAUUCGGAGGAUCCAGCAUAACUCAGAACGGGUCGGGAGUGCUGAGGUCGGACGACGGCCGCCUUAGCCUCGGCGUCAUCACAGCCAGCCCCGACGAACACGAGCCCCUUCUGAGCCGCGAGCGAGAGCAGCCCGACCCGAGAGACGCGUCCUCGAGCGUCGCCGCUCUCCGCUCGGCCCGACCCAACACCAACAACAACAACAGCAACACCGGCCACGGCCAGGGGGACGGGGAGAGCGGAGGAGAGAGCGAUGGAGGAGAGGAGGAGGGGAGCGGGGAAGGAGGAAGCAGGGAAACCACGGGGCCCCCGGGAGAAAGCUCGGGGUCGGGAUCCGGCGCCGCCGACCACCACGGGCAAGCUCCGGUCACCAUGAGAGGGGAGGCCCUGCUCAGGCAGCCCAGAGCCCGCAGGCCUGAGAGACCCAACUCCCUGGACCUGUCCUUCACAACACAGGACUUGGCCUCACUAGGGGAGGGCUUGGUACAGCCAGAUGGAGCCUUGGGGGGGACAGGAGAGAAGAUCAAGAAGCGCGUCAAAACCCCCUACUCCCUGAAGAAGUGGCGACCCACCACAUGGGUCAUCUCCACAGACACCCGGGGGCCGGAGGUCAACAACAACGGGUCCUCCCGCGGUCAAGGUCACAGUCAGAACCGGCCCAAGUCCAGUUCGGCUAUCUACCUGCGGGGGGGGAGCUUGGCCAGCGAGCCCAGCGACACGCAUGUGUGAACUCAGACCCUCUGACAAGACUGAAGAAAAAAAAUUUAAAAAAUAACCAGAGAGCGUUUGGUUCUCUGUCUGUUGAGCUCUCUGCUCUGAAUCAGCAAGAGGAAGCUAUGAUGGAGUGUCUUGUGAACAAACAGUCGAGUCUGAUCGUGUACAGUAAUUAGGUCUGUCUCGCUCCUGUGUGUCUUUCUGAUGAUGGCAUUGCUUUAAAUGGAAUCCAGCUAUGCAGCAUUCUCACCCGCUUGUUUCCGUAUCUUAUUAAUCUCCCCUUUUUGUCGGUUUUUGUUUCAUCCUUUACAAACGCGUAGCAAUCGAUUUCUUUCUUUUUUCUUUUUUUUUCUAUAUGUGCACUUUGAACCAAUUAAAAUCAGUGUUUAGAAGUCCUGUCUGUUGCGACCACGACAAGAAAGUGGUCUCUAAACUUAAAAAGGCGAUGAAAAACAAUCAACACUUUGAGCGUUCUUUUCUCGUACUUUGCUGUAUCAAGCAACGUCCUGGAGUGGGCUCUGUAAAAGAUUUGACGGUCUUAAAAGACGGAACAAACUACUUUAACUUUUAUCUUUUUAUUUCCUUGAUUUGUAUGCAAUACCAAUUCUUGUCCUUUUUAAACAUGUAUCCUUUUUUUUGUAUCAUAAUUUUUAAUUGUGCAAUAGGAUGUAGCUUUUAGAUGCUUUCGAUGUUUUUAUCGCUUCCAUUACUUUGGUCAUUAUUUUGAUAUGUUAAUCUCUGUUGCACUUAUGAAUAGUCACAAUCGUUUUUUGUAAACAAUCUACCAUACGCUACCACCCCCCCUGACUCAAGAGGAGAAAAUGGAUGACAAUCCUCUUUCCUUCUUCUCUGGACUAUUUUUAGGGGGCACAAAAAACACUAAACAAUCACUCGCAGCUGACUGGAAAAGUGGGUUUUCAUGGAACUCCUCUGCUUGCACAAUUACACCAGGAAUGGCUCAAACUUUGGGGUCUUUUAACACUACAAUCACCAGAAUCAAAUCUACGGAGGGAUCUGUUACAGUGGCCCGACGCAAUCACUGUACCACUAUCACCUGACCUCACUGUGGACUGUGUGUUUUAGCUGUCUGUAUAUGACUGAAAGACUUGAAACACUAGAAAGAUCGAACUCUGUUGGAAAUCCGAAACUAGUCUAAAAAAAAAAAAACCCCACAAAAAAACCAAACCCCUCUGAAGCACGCUGGAUAUUAUUUCUGCUUCUUGUUGUCUCAUCCCUUGAUGUUCAAAUGACUGAUUCAGUGUGUGUGAGAGAGAGAGAGUGUGUGUGUGUGUGUGAGAGAGAGUGUGUGCACAUGUUGUGUUUCUAUAUGUCAGCAAGCAUUAGAAUUAUUGGGGCCUAGCGCUGUACAGGCGUGCUGAAAUGUCAUUGUACUCAUUCUGUAUUUUCAGCGCUGCUUCAGGGCAUAUGAAAAGAUCUCAUUUAUGUUUUUGUAAUCUGUAAUUUGUAUGAAAAAAACAUAUGUAUGUGUAUUGCAUUAAUAUUUGCAUCAUUUUUAUGGAAUUCUGUUUUUGCAUUCAAUGGACAUGGCCUUUGAUUCCAUUGCUAUGCGUCUGCUCGGUACAGUUUCUGUAAACAUUUUCAAGUCAAUAUGAAAGAAAAAGUUCUCAAUAAAUGUAUGAAAUAAUUGUUGCUUA